AUGUCGACUAGAAAACACGCGACCAGAGCGUGCGACAGUUGCAGAGCUGCACGAAAAAGGUGUGAAUAUGUCAUCCACCUAGGUUGUUGCAAGAGGUGCUACGAGAAGAAAUGUUGUACCUUUUCUUCGACAACCAAAAAGCGUGGCCGCAAAAAGAUACCUUUUUAUGAAAAACCCAGCGGAGACCCUAUGAUUGACGCUUACACUUCACACUUCGAUUUUAAACAUUUUACCGAAUCAAGCAUCCCGAUUUUAAACACCCCCCCGAUAUUUGGGCACACUUCGAUUUUAAAUCUUACCGAUAUUCAAUAUAAUCCUCCCGAUACUUGGCCGCAUUUUGAUACAAUCAUUUUACCAAUAUUUAAGAAAACACUUCGAGUUAUAGACUUCUUACCGAUAUCUACAUUUAACAUUUGCAUUAUAGACAUCUUACUGACAUUUGGCAUUAUAGACAAUAUUAGACAUCUUACCGAUAUUAGGCAAACAUUUCGCAUUGUAGACAUAGAUAUUAGGCAAACAUUUCGCACCAACAUUUAG